AGGGACCUUAACUUCCUCCCACCGGCAAGCCAAGAUCUGAUCGAGGAUCUGGCACCGCCGAUUCGCUCGCUACACCCCGUCUCCCGUCUCCGCAGCCUCGUUUACCCAGGCAUUCGUUCUGUCUCCGCCCGCCAUGGCCGCUCUCCGGACCGUGGCUGCCGCGAUGGCGGCGGUGGCUCUGGUCGGCCGUGUCCAGGCCAACGAGCAUCCCCUUCCUCCCUGCCUGGAUCCGUUCCAACCGUUCGUGUACUCGGGCUGCUUCCAGCAGAACGACAACACGCAGAUCCUGCCCUACCGCAGCUCGUCGCCCAGCGACAACAUGACGGUGGAGGAGUGCGUGGCCGAGUGCAAGGGCAACGGCUACCGCUAUGCCGGCCUCGUCUACUUCGGCGUGUGCUACUGCGGCCAAACAGUCAACGGUCCCCAGGUCUCCGACGACCAGUGCAACCUCUCCUGCAGCGGCAACUCGUCCGAGAUCUGCGGCGGCAACAACAUCUUCUCCAUCUACCAGGACCCUACAUUCCCGCCUGCCGAUGAUGUGACCAUUGCCGAUUACCACUCGCUCGGCUGCUGGACCGACGACUCCAGCCUCGGCCGGGCCCUCGUCUACCGCCAGGACCAGCUCGACAGCGCCUCACUGACCACCGAGAAGUGCCUCCAGGCUUGCCGUGACGGCGAGUUCCCCUUCGCCGGCACCGAGUACAGCGGCGAGUGCUACUGCGGCGUUGUCAUCGGCAACGACACCUACGCGGCGCCUGCCAGCGACUGCAACAUGCCUUGCAACGGCAACUCCUCCGAAACGUGCGGUGGCAGUGCUCGCCUGAGCCUCUACGUUGCCCACGAGCUCCAGUCGCUCCAGCCCUGCGGCUACGAGCCGCCGCCCGUCUCCAGCAGCACCACGCUCCCGCCGACGACGAGCACCACGUCGACGUCUAGCUCCACCUCGUCGACGACCACCACCACCUCCAAGACGUCGACCACAACCACGAGCAGCUCCGCCUGCGUGAGCACGACCGUCGUGCCGCCCACCUGCGAGUACAAGUGCGGCAAGUGGUGCUCGAACCCGCUCCCCGACUGGGACGAUGUCGACGGCUGCAAGCUGUCCUGGUCCAACUGCGCCCUGCAGGUCGCCUCGUGCUUCAAGCACGCCGGCUUCCCCGACGCGCUGUCCUGCUUCGAGUUCGGCGACUGGUGUGCCGACGUGUCCAAGUACUGCAACAGCAAGCCGUCAGGCGGCUGCCGCAAGACGGACUUCUGCGGCAGGAACCCGCCCAAGGGCGGCAACCCGCCCACGACGGUCACCGUCACCACCACGUGCAAGCCGACCACCACGACGAAGCACACCACGACGGCCAAGCCGACCCACACCACCUCGUCCACCACCAAGUGCCCCGUGCCGACGCCGACCAACAUCUGCACGCAGCCGUCGAACGCUCGGUACGGCUACGGCCCCGGCAAGCCGGUGGGCGGCAUCGACAUGCCCGUCGUGACAUGCAACGACCUGGCCGAGGACUGGCCGGCCUACCCGUUCAAGCAGUACAACUUCCCGGACAGCCGCGACUGCGCCAAGUACCCGCGCAACCGGUGCGGCAACGCGUGCGCCGACGCCUGCAAGGAGCAGUACGAGGACUGCCUCGACGUCUACGCCCAGGGCUGCAAGACCAAGACCAAGAAGACCCGGACCACCUGGCCCGGCAGGCCGCGCGACACCAGCAGCAGCUACCGCCGCGCCUACGCCGGCAGCAGCCCCGCCGAGAAGCGCACCUUCUUCUCCUCCUGGUCCGACUCGUAUGACUCGGCUGUGCAAAAGUGCAAGGCCCAGUACAGCGACUGCCUGGCCGUCAACAGGGGCGUCACCGGCGCCGGCAAGUGCCCCAGGUUUGGCAGCUGGUGAUCUUUUUUUCUUUCUGCGUGCAGGUAAAGGCCACUUGUGGCGGGUUGGUUUGCGGGCUUUCCCGUGGGGAAAAAAAUGGAUUGGAUAUGGGCGUCUUUGGAUGAUGGGAUGGGAUGGGGAUGAGGACCCUUACCCGAACGAAGUAACUUCUUACACUCCUUAGUA